GCCGCCGCCAGCGCCCCGUGCCGCAGCUCUCCGCCAGCCCACCGCCCCGCGGCCCUCCCCGCCCUGGCUCUGGUGCUGCCCGUCCGCCCGGGGCCGGUUCGCUUUCGUCUCUCGUUGCGCUGGUCACGGGCAGCGAGCCUUACGCAUGUUACCAAUGGAAUGUAGUAUGUGGAGUUGCUCUAAAAGGGGUGCUGACGACGACCUGCUCACAAAUGUACAGUCAUUACAGAUUCAGCUGAGGAGAACUGAAAAAAACCUACAAACUGUAGAGAAAGAGCUUUCCAGUACAAGUGAACAUUACGGCCACUGCUCCGAUGAGGUGAUAGACGUGCCUCUGCAGGACUUUGUACAGCCGGAUUACAAUUGUCAAGCCUCUUGCAGCUGUAAGAAUAAUUCUGGUAGAACAUCUCGCCAGGAUUUUCAAAGAAAAUCCAAAUUUUACUCAGUAUCCACAACUUUGGGUAAAACUGUGGAAGAAAAUGAACAUCUUCAGAAGCUGGAUGCCCUUCAUGAGCAAAAUGCAUCUUUGACUUCUCAGAACCACUACCUAAAGAACAGAGUGGAAACAAUGAACUUUGAAUUGAUGCAGUCAAAAACAAAAAUUUCAUAUCUUGAGGCCACUUUAGCUACACACUUAUUCAGCAUUCCAAAGUUAAAAGAACAGAUUGUAAAUUUGGAAGCAGAAGUUUCAGCUCAAGAUAAAAUUCUGAAAGAUACAGAAGAUAGACUAGAUCAAAAUCAGAAAACAGCAAUGGAAAGAGAACACGUGUUGCAAAGAUAUCAAAAGGGCUAUAAAAAUCUGAAAAUUGAGUUAAUUGAACAAAGCAAGCAAGGAAAGAGAGCACAACAGCAAAGAAAUGAAGCUCUGUUGAGUGUGGAGGAGCUGACAAGAGCUUUCACAAAGUAUAAAGCAGAAAUAACUGAAAAAUUAGAAAAGGCUAAAGCUGAAGAAAAAGUCUUGGGAGAAUGUUUAAUUAAUUGUGAAAAAGAAAAAGAGAAGUUGAAUGAAAAGUGUAUCAGCUACAGAAAGGAUCUAGACAUCCUAGAAGAGCAACUAAGACAAUUAAAUGAAGAGAAUCACAAGACAAAAGAAGAAAUUAAAGCUCUAGAGGCAAAGAAUACUGAAAUGAGAUCAAUGCUGAGUCAGUCUGAUCAGAAGAUCAUCAAGCUUGAGAAUGAACUUUCUGAAAAAGUAAUAGCACUUGAAGAGAGAAAUGAUCUAAUAAGUGAAAAUGAAGAGCUGAGAGCACUCACUGCACAGCAACAUAACCGCUUGAAAUUAUGUCGUCAAGAAAUACAGGAUUCAAGGGAGGAGCUCAACAUACUAGAAACCAUUAUCUCUCAGUUGUCUUUAAGUACAUCUGAAGAGUUUAAAUGGCACCAUUUCAAGCACCAGUUAUUGCGUUCCUCAACAAGAGAAGCUACCUCUGAAUCUUGUGGUGAAUCAAGUAAACCUUUGAUUUCAGACCUAAGCGUUGAACUGGCAAUGAAAGAAGCAGAAAUUCAGAAGCCUGGUGCAAACCUAAUUAUUUGUACUGGAGCUGAGCAUCUUUCUAAUGGUAAUGAAGGACAAGAAAACAGCAGGUUAUGUGAUCUGGAAACAGAGCCUGUCAAAUUGAUCAGAAACCCAGGAGAGAGGAGAAAAUGUCAACAGUUGGAACUUAUAAGCAAACAAUUUGAAAAGGUGAGGCAAAAAUUCCAGAAAGAGAUAGAAGAGCUACGUGCUAAACUGAUAAAAGCAGAUGAUGAGAAUUCUGCCUUGAGGACCAACAUGGCUCAAAGAACCAGUCAAUUUCAAAUCAUACAGGAAGAUCUAUUGAAGAAGGCUUCAAAAACUAGUAGCUUAGAGAGAGAAAUAAGAAAGAAAUCUUCUCAGCUUUCUGCACUUGAGAAACAGUUAGAAGAAAAGACUAUUGCUUAUUCCACUGCUGCAGAAAGAAAUGCUGAGCUGGAACAGAAACUCAUGGGAAAAGACAGACGCAUUCAUGAGCUGGAAACAGCUAUCAGGGAAGAACACGAGAAAAAAAUUUCUGCUUUUGAAAAUGAAAAGUUGCUUCACCUUGAGCAGCACAAAGAAAUGGAGAAACAGAUUGACCUACUUCGGACACAGCUGGAGAAGAAACAUCAACAAUUCAUUGAACAAGAGAAAAUAAUUUCAAUUUUACAACAGGAGGUUAUACAUAAACAGCAUCACAUCGAAUCAUUGGAUGGGCUGCUAAUAGGAAACAGAGAGGAAAUGGAAAAUCAAAAUGUCAAGAAAGACCAAGGACUGAAGAUGCUGGAAAGUCAGUUAACAGAAGAAAAAAUCAAAGUACGACAACUUGAGUCAGCACUAAAUGCAUGUAAAGAAGAAGUUGCACUGUAUUUGAGUCAGUCACAAGAAAACAAGGAGAUGUUUGAAAAUCAGCUGAAAGAAAGGUCUGAAGAGCUUCAUUACUUGCAGAAGGAAAUAAAAAUAAAAGGUCAGAAUAUUCAGGACAUGAGUGAACAAAAUAUUCUCCUGCAACAAACUUUGCAUCAUCAGCAGCAAAUGUUACAGCAAGAAACUAUUAGAAAUGGGGAGCUGGAAGAUAAUCAAAUUAAACUUGAAAAACAGGUAUCCAAAUUGGAAAAAGAGCUUCAGAAGCAGAAAGCAUGUGCAGAAGAUGAGUUGAGAAAGGUGGAGGAGAAACUGUGCCUAGCUGCUCAGGAAGCAGAUUUAAACAGACAGAAGGUGGACAAACUUAAUUGUACCAUCAGACAGAUUAAAUUGGAGAUGGAUCAGUGCAAGAAUGAACUUACUGGCAUGGAAAAAGAAGUGGUGCAAUUAAAACAAGAUGGUGCAAACAAAGCGUUGCGGAUAAAUGAGUUGGAUAUUGCUCUGGAAGAAGCAAGAUCAGAGCUCAAUAAAAAGGCAAAUGAGGUGAAUGAUUUUGAAGAUAAGCUGCUUCAAACUGAGACUUGUCACGGGAAAGCCUUGCAGAAAAUAGCAGAACUGGAAUCUGCAUUGCAGAAUGCCUGUGGAGAAUUGAAGAUCGCUUUAACACAGCUUCAGGAGGUGCAAGAUGCAUUGCAGAAGGCACAGUCCUCUCUGGAGGAGAAGAACAUUGCUAUCAUGGACCUAACAACUGAGCUCAGGUAUUGCAAGGAUGAAAUUGAAGACAAAAAGCAGGAACUCCUUGACAUGGACCAAGCACUGAAAGAAAGGAAUUGGGAACUGAAACAAAGAGUAGCUCAGAUUACACAAUUAGAUAUGACAGUGUGUGAACGUAAGGGAGAAAUGGAGCAACAAAUAAUUCAAUUACAGUGCAAUUUAGAGAAGUCUGCGUUGGAAAUUAAGGAAUGCAAUAAACAGAUUGAGAGCUUAGAGAAGAAACUCCAGCAUUCUAAAGAUGAGCUUCGUGAAAAAGAGUUUGAAUUGCUUCAGAGAGAUCAGGAAAUAAAUCAGCUGAAGAAAAAAAUAAUAAAAGAAAACAACAUAGCUUAGAAGCUCUUGGAAAGGGGCAUGAACUGUGAAGAAAUGACUGCUGCUGCCCAUUGGACAGGCAGCAACCCAGGAACGCUGUUGCUGGCACCGUAACUGAGCAUUCAAAGAGGACAUUUCCAAGUUGGAUUCCUAAAUAAGGAAUGUAGUUAUUUGUACUGAAGCAGAUGACAACCUACUUAUUUUUCCAACUAAGAUUAUUACCUUCAUAUAAUAACACAUUAAUUUAUCUUGUAUACUUCAGAAUAAAAUUUACUUAUUUUAAAUUGUAGGGAUUAAUUUCAGCCGUCAUCUUUUCCAAGGUUUUUAAAUUGUGCACUUGUUUAACAUCCCACUUCUAAUUAAAAGCACAACGGGACUACCUUAUUAGCAAUUUUUGUUUGGUAAUAUUUUAUCUUUUUUUUGUACGCAUGCAGUGUUGCAGACACAACAUCUUAUUAAAACUGACCUGUUUGUAAGAUGUUUUGGGACACUGAUUUGAUCACAGACACUGGCAAAACCUGCUUGCUUUACUCUAAGCAGUAUCUUUAAGAUGCACAGGGUUCUGGGACAGGACCAUAAACCUCGAGCUUGUUUUUUUAAAUAUAUUUUUAAUCAAAUAAAAAUCCAUACAAAAAUUCCCAUUGAUUACAUUCACAUCAUAACUACGCAUUCUAAAACAUAAUUAUCUCCAGGUUUCCAAGAGUACACAAUUUAACUGGUAUGGAUGGCUAGUGGCCCCACUUUUAUAUUUACAUAAGCAUCAGAAACUGCAAAUAUGCUUUUGAGGCCUCAGUCUAAGUCUGAUCAAUGCACACGUGAUUUAUGUGCGUUAAGACAUGUGACUGACACCUCAGAAAUCAAGUUACUGAAGUGAUUUGAUGUAAAGAAGAGGAAAAGAAUGGAAUGUUUUUCAGUUUACAUCCCAGGCCUCAGUUAGGUGUUUUGCACGUUAGAAGCGUAUCUUAGCCAAGAGACGAUCUGAGGUGUUCCAGGAACUCUGCAAGUGGCACUUUGCUCAACUCCUUGGGCAGUGCUGGCUCUUUCCCUGCAGGAAACACGUCCCUCCAAUGCCACGCGCUCUACCUUACGUGGUUCUGCAAAAGCGGCCGCGCGCUCUGCUGCCAUCGACGAGUCACGAUGCACUCAUCGACAGUAUUUCUGCAGUUUCAGAUUGUUUAUUCUGCUAUUAUGAAAAUUAUGAUGUGACAAAACCCACAGUUACUUACAGAAAUAAAUGUAUUAUGUGUUUUAAAUCAAGCUAUUUCUUUCUCUACGUAACUGUAAAGGGAAAACCCUAGAAUUAGGUUGACCAGUGCAAUAAUUGCAAAUUAAACUACUUUUAGUUUUUAACUCCUUAUGCAUAUCACUUUGCCUUCAGCCUAGAAGUGUAUGCAUCAAAUAUCAGACAGAUUUUUUAAAAGCAGUGGAAAUUAUAAACCCUUCAAACCAGGAUUUCAAGUGGAAAAUAUAACCAAUCUUUAAUUACAGCUGCAUCACAACGCUAAUGGAAUUCCACUGACUAGCAUUAUAUAAAGCCUCAUUUGCUCCUCCUACAUGCACUAAAUAUAAAUGUGCAUGAGCAGCAAAAGCAAUUUGCCUAAUCUCUGAAUCAGCUAAAUAGCAUUUGCACUAAAAAUUUGUCUGUAUACUAACUUAUCUGGUUAAACUGGGGGUCAAACCUGAUAAAUAAGUAGAAUCAUAUUUUAUCUUUAGAUGUUUUGCAGUUUUGUUGCUUGCCUGAGAAGUUAAUGAUUCCACUUAUACUGUUCAAGCCAAUUCAUUUCUUUGGGAAAGGAUGAACUUUUUAAAAACAUAAUUUCAGUUAAAUAUUUCUGUGGUGUCCUACUUUUCUUGAGUUACUAAGCAAUUUACACCCAUGCAAAUACUGGAACACUAACUUCAUUCUUCUGAAGUGUGUUGCAUUUACGUGGGGUUGUUGAGUCUUGGAAAACAUUUUACUGUGUAUAAUGGCGUUGCAAUUAGCUGAAUGCUGCUCGUAAGGCUAAUUGCUUAUUAAUGUGUUUCUUUUUCCUGUCACUCAGGACAGAAAAAAGGGGCUGAUUUUCUUCCUGAAUGUAGCAUGCCUACAGUUACUGUAUGUUAAACACGAAUUGCACUGAAGUGCCAGCACAAAUGCCCCUCUCUUUAACCCACAGUUUAUAUGCAAAAUGUUUUCUCCAAAACCUAGACAUCAGGCUAGUUCUUAUUUUUUAAAAUUUCUGAUGUGUCAAUUUGCAGAAUCAUGAGUGUGGAAAGAGAGUUCAGUCUUGGCAGGAAUGUAGUGAAGCUGGUCUGUUCAACAUUUCCCGUCAGUUCUUCACUGUGGCACACUUGCCUACUUUCUCUGUUCUUGGUGGGGAGCACUGCCAAAAGGAAAUGUGAAGAGUCUGUCCAACAACUUGUUCCUUUCAGAGUCCGCAUCCCAUUUUGCAAUUUGGAGUUUUUAUUCUGUAAUGUCUAUUAGGACUCUUACAAUAGUGAUGCAUCAGGGAAGAAAUCCAUUCCUCAAUCUGUUUCAAAAGAACCAGGAGGGUGCUGGAGGUGUAGGAAUUCUGAACAGCUUUAGCAGAGGGAUUCUCCUCAGGGUGCAGUUUACUUUCCAUACAUGUGAGUGGAGGGCUUAGCACUGCAGACCAAUUGUAAUUGUG